CUUGUGUGCAAAAGGGGUGGGGAUGUGGCGGCUUUCUCGCGGAGGUUUAUUAUUAUUGGGUGGAGGAGGGGGGAGGGGGAGUCCGCCGAGCAAACAAAAUGCGGAGCCCCCCCGCCCCGCAAGUGGGUAUUUGCGGGCGGCCGCGGCUCUUCGUCAGGGACCGUACCUAGGUAGCGAAGGGUGAGGGGGUGCGCCCGAAGCGGAGCGGGCUCAGCGGCAGCCAGGGCAUGCUCUCCAUGCAACAGUUCGCUGCCCUGCCGGCGGAGGAGGAGCGCUACCGGCAGGUCCUCUCCGCCAACGGGGUCUUAGGAACGGAUGAGGAUAAUAUGGGGGAUGGUUGCUCUCAGAAACUGGCUUCUGCCAAGUUCCUUCGACUUUUGUUCCUAAUACUGAUUCCAUGCAUCUGUGCCCUUAUCCUUUUGUUGGUGAUCCUGCUUACCUUUGUAGGGGUGUUAGAAAAAACGUGCUUUUAUUCAAAUGGAAGCGAAGUCCUCACAGUUAACGGUGACAUUGAAACUUCUGAUGUUCUUUUGACAAAUAUGGUUGAAAACAAUUCCAAGACUGAUCCCACAGUGAAUCUCAGCACACAUCCCUCUUCCUGGACCACCACAGCUUUAUCCCACACUGACCAAAUGAACAAGAACUCAAAUAUAUCUAGAGAGACUUUCCAGGAAAAUUCAUUUGCUCUCACAACUCAAGCCACAGCGCUCAGUCCUCACCCUGCAUAUGAUGCUGCUUUGGCAGAGGGCUCUGAAGACAGCACCCAGCUGUUUGCCACUGCAGAGGAGGCAACUUUGUGGUCUACAGAUGCAUCCUUUAACAACGCAGAGACGCUGACCACUCUGCCAGUAUUAAGUCCUACCCGUCCCUCUGUGUCACAAAAAAUGGAUCAGAAAAAAAGUGCCUGCAUAAAUAUCACCAACAGCCAGUGCCAAAUGCUGCCAUAUAACUACACUACUAUAACUUCAGUUCUUUCCAUUGUCAAAAGUAUUGAAAUGGAAAAGUUCCUGAAGUUCUUCAGUUAUCUCAAUCGUCUCAGCUGCUAUCAACACAUCAUGCUGUUUGGCUGUAGUCUUGCUCUUCCUGAAUGCAUCAGUGACGGUGAUGACAGUCAAGGCCUCUUGCCCUGCUGGUCAUUUUGUGAAGCAGCAAAAGAAGGCUGUGAACCAGUUCUAAGCAUGGUAAAUGCUUCCUGGCCAGAAUUCCUGAAGUGCUCUCAGUUCCAAAACAAAACUGAAAAUGACACCACAACAAGGGUAUGCUUCUCACCACACCAAGAAAAAGGAAAGCACUCACUGUGCGGGGGAGAGGAGAGUUUCUUGUGUGCCAGCGGUAUCUGUAUCCCAGGGAAACUGCAGUGUAAUGGCUACAAUGACUGUGACGACUGGAGCGACGAGGUCCAUUGCAACUGCAGUGAUGACGUAUUUCGUUGCAACACAGGAAAAUGCCUAAAUUAUACCUUUGUUUGUGAUGGAUAUGAUGACUGUGGGGACCUUAGUGAUGAAGAAAACUGUGAUUGUAAUCCAGUGACACAUCAUCAGUGUGGGGAUGGGAGAUGUAUAACAGCUGAUUGGGUAUGUGAUGGUGACCAUGACUGUAUAGACAAAUCAGAUGAAAUCAAUUGCUCAUGUCAUAGUCAGGGUCUGGUGGAGUGCAGAAAUGGGCAGUGCAUUCCUAGUGCGUUCCAGUGUGAUGGAGAUAAUGACUGUAAAGAUGGAAGCGAUGAAGAAAACUGCAGUGAAGGUCAAACCCUCUGUCUGGACGGAGACCAGAGAUGUACUUCCUGUCCUGAUCCCUGUGGAACUUCUCUCUGUGAGAUGAGAAACAGCCAGACAAACUGCAGUCAGUGUGAACCAAUUACUCUGGAACUCUGUAUGAACUUGCCUUACAACUAUACUUAUUACCCAAACUACCUGGGCCACAGGACGCAGAAGGAAGCCUCUAUCAGCUGGGAGUCUUCUCUUUUCCCAGCCUUGGUUCAGACCAACUGCUACAAGUACCUUAUGUUUUUUGCCUGUACAAUCUUAGUACCAAAAUGUGACCCCCAUACAAAUCAGCGGAUCCCACCUUGCAGGACAUUAUGUGUACAGUCCAAGGAACGCUGUGAGUCUGUGCUUGGGAUUGUAGGUCUGCAGUGGCCAGAAGAUACUGACUGCACUCAGUUUCCAGAUGAGAACUCAGACAACCAAACUUGUCUAACACCAGAUGAAGAUGUGGAAGAAUGCUCACCCAGUCACUUCAAGUGCCGUUCUGGGAGGUGUGUCCUGGCAUCCAGAAGAUGUGAUGGUCAAGCUGACUGUGAGGACGAUAGUGAUGAGGACAGCUGCGGUUGUAGAGGAAGGGGUCUUUGGGAGUGUCCUUUGAAGAAGCUGUGCAUCAAACACACUAUGAUCUGUGAUGGUUUCCCAGACUGCCCUGACAUGAUGGACGAAAAGAACUGCUCAUUUUGUGAAGAGAGUGAACUUGAAUGUGCCAACCACGAAUGUGUGCCACGUGAGCUGUGGUGUGAUGGGCAAGCAGACUGCAGUGACGGCUCAGAUGAAUGGGACUGUGUUACCCUGUCUAAAAACAUGAGUUCCUUGAUGUUCCUGACCAUUCACAGGUCAGCUGCUGAUAACCAUGUUUGUGCUGAUGAGUGGCAAGAAAACUUAAGCCAACUGGCCUGCAAUCAAAUGGGUUUAGGAGGACCAUCCAAAACAGAAAUUGUACUAGAGAAUGAGGAAAUGCAGCAUCAAAAAUGGCUGAAUCUGCACUCAGACUGGCAGAAUAAAAACUCAUCCACUUUACAUGCGCUUCUAGUGAAUGGGCAGAUGUGUCGAAGCAGAAGCAAAGUGGCUCUCUUUUGCACUAAAGAAGACUGUGGCCGUCGCCCAGCCGCUCGCAUGAACAAGAGGAUCCUUGGUGGUAGGACCAGUCGCCCGGGUCGAUGGCCAUGGCAGUGCUCCCUGCAGAGUGAGCCGAGUGGACACAUAUGUGGCUGUGUUCUGAUUGCAAAGAGAUGGGUCUUGACAGUAGCACACUGCUUUGAAGGGAGAGAAAAUGCAGCUGUUUGGAAGGUAGUGUUUGGGAUUAGCAAUCUUGAUCAUCCAUCAGGCUUCAUGCAGACCCGACUAGUGAAGACCAUUAUCCUCCAUCCGCGCUACAACAGAGCGGUCGUAGACUAUGAUAUCAGCAUUGUGGAACUAGACAAGGAUAUCAACGAGACAAGCUACGUAAGACCUGUCUGUUUGCCCAGCAAGGACCAGUUGGCCAAGCCGGAUACCUACUGCUACAUCACAGGCUGGGGACACAUGGGCAACAAAAUGCCUUUCAAGCUUCAAGAAGGAGAGGUUCGCAUCAUUUCCUUAGAACAAUGCCAGUCAUACUUUGACAUGAAAACCAUCACCAGCAGGAUGCUGUGCGCGGGCUACGAGUCUGGCACUGUGGACUCUUGCAUGGGUGACAGUGGAGGACCGCUGGUGUGUGAGCAACCUGCAGGGCGCUGGACUUUGUUUGGUUUAACAUCUUGGGGCUCUGUCUGCUUUUCCAAGGUUUUGGGACCUGGAGUUUACAGUAAUGUGUCACAUUUUAUUGAGUGGAUUGAAAGACAAAUAUACAUCCACACCUUUCUGCUAAACUAACUCCAGAUGGUAAGAAUUGUGCUGACAGACAAAAGAAAAAAGGAAUCAGCACAUCAACACCGAAGAUUUCACAGUCCAAAAACUCUAUGAAAAGGAGUUUCAAGCUCUAUCUAUUCUUCUUGUGGAGCUACAGAAUAUGCAGUGUAUGUUAACGGUAAACCCUCUGCGGUGAAUAUACUUUGGGGUAGAAUUAAUAAUCCUUUUGACUUUUCUUUUAACUGUGUUGUGCUGAUAUUCCACGCACAGCAAAAGGCUUAAAAGAAAAGAAUCAGCCACUUUCUGCCUUUCAGCUAUUCAAACUAAGCAGUAGCACAGACUAGAAAAACCUUUUUAGAUAAUCUAUUUUAAUACUAGUCAAUUAGUAGCACAUGCAUUUUCUCUCACUUAUUGUCAUGAGGCGCAAACUUGAUGCAGUCAGGUGGCACUGACAGGACGUAUAUUCACAAGGGCAAUGCCAGGCAUGGCUGCACCUCACACUGGAGGGUGUGGGGGAGAGUGACGAAGGUGGUACAUCUGUGUGGCACAGAGCACAUUGAAGCACACGUGCAGGUCUCCAGAGGUGUGUAGCCGUGUGCUGCUGGUGUGCCUGAGCCAACACUUUCUGUCCCUCAGGGUGGCUAAUGUGCAUGGACACAGCCCCGUGCCAUCCAGACGCCACAGCUGCUGUUCCCAGAGCCAGCCUGGGUCUCCCUAGGGGCGGCUAGACUCCUAGCUACCACUUGAGGCACCCGAGACCAAAAUGUACUUGUUCACACUCCUUAGAUGGUUUCUACCGCUUAAUUUUCUGAAGCUUCCAAUGUCCUAAUCUGUCCAGGAAACACCCAUGUCUUGACAGCGCUACACAGAUUAGCACAUUUACCAAACCUACGUCCCACUGGCUUUUUUCCCCGUUUUGUGUGAUGUGUUCAGCCUAUAAAGUGUGCAUUGACCAUCUCCAGCCUACUACAGCGUCAGUGACGUUGAACAUCUGGUGAGAUAUGGAAAAUGCAGAUUUAAAGUGCAAAAGAUGCAGUGUGACUAACCAGCUGCUGUAGGUGAUGCCCUACACAGCUCACAGCUUUUGGGAGGCGUCAGGAACCUGAGGAUUACAGGAUGAAUUUCACUGGAGAACAAUGCAUUUAAAACUUGCACAGUUUUCAGUGCUGUGCCUGGUCCGCUGUGAACCCAGCCUAAGGCAUAGAAUUACCCUCUCUGCUACCUCUGGCAUGCCCCCAUGACAACAUGGCAGGGCCUUGUCAAUACCAUGACUGCCAUAUGUGGAAACAUGCAUUAGGAGCUAACAAACAGACAUUUCAGGUACUAUUAAUCAUGUUACAACUAAUCUACAUAGAGCUGAAUCUUGCUUUAGUGAAAGUUUACCUCUUAUUUCCAUAGCUGCUUCUUUAACAUGCCUAACGUUAGACAUACUAGACAGCACUCUAGACAGCAUUAUUAAUAAAUAGUCAGUAUUCAUGUUACAGAGUCUGAAACUCAAGUGACUGUUGUAUCACUGUUUCACGCCCAGAAAGAAAAUCCCUCUAGGCUUUGCUAAGCUUGAGUUUGUUGGUUUUUGGUUUGUUUUUUUUUUUUUUUAACCGAUUAAGGAUUUUUACUAUAACAUAUAAACACGCUUCUUUUCCCAGCUAUAAAUGGGAGAAAGCAGCUGCGACCGUGUUUUUCCAGUACAAGUAGAUUACAGAUGCAGCAGGUUAUUGAUGGCCUUGCCUCAGGGAUAUGGAAGCUGGAGCUCUCCAUCCCCCCACUUCAGCUUUUCUCUGGGCCAGGAGCUCUGCAGCUGUAGGACAGCAAAGUCCCAGAGCUGGUUACCGGGGUAGGCGGCCCAGGGGCUGUCGGAGCCAGCCCGCCCCGCCGCCUGUCUGACGUGUGUGCUGACAGGCAGGUGUCAGCGAGGCCGGUGUUCCAAGAGGUGCUGUUGUGAAACGAACAGCCCAGCGUGACGUCUCUCCACCAGAUGAAGUGGUUAGCAGUGUUGAGUUUUGUAAAGCACUGAGUGCAUAUAAUCACUUCAUGUAGAUAUCAGCACUACCAAAUGAUAACAGGUAAGGCCACAUUUUCAGUAACUGGGUUUGGCCCGCCACCAGUUUCUGAGCAGUCCCUCCCAGGAAAUGAGGGAGAGGCCUGCUUAAACACAUGGUCCAGUCCCUCCUGUAUGGGAUCCGUCUAAAGAAAUUAGAGGCUGAGGCCGCAUCCCAGAUGGCUUUAGGAGGGAGCAGUUGGGUCUUUUCCUUCCCCACAACUGUGUCUGACACAACAUUCCGUGUAAAGAGGAAAUUUGUAAUUUUAUAAAUGUAUUUUUAUACUGCUUUUUUUAUGUGUGCACAUGAAAUAGGCAAACAUACUCCUCCUUCCACUGUACAAGCCCUUCCCUGUGUGCUGACAUAACAGCUAUGAUCACAAUUACGCUGUUUCUCUUACAAGUGUACCCUCACUGUAAGGUAACAAUUGUUGGUUUUACUUCUACCACAGCUGUAGCUCCAAAUGGAAGCAAUGUCACACAGUCAAGUGGAUGCGUUUCUUUCUAGCUGUACUAAUAAAAAUUUACAGUC